AAAAGGCGACUCCAAUCUAACCUCUCCACAAUGUCCUUCAAUAUAUGUAGCGAACAUUUAGCUUAAAGGGACUUGGUUUGAAUAGAACCAGCAAGGUAGCUAACGUUAGAUAACUAGCUACAUUUUUAAGUCGACUGUUCAGCUCUUAUUAAUAUAAAAUAAGAAAAUGGCCAAUUUUAAAAUACGGAAAGCUGAAUCGAAAGAUGUGCCUGACAUACUGCGAAUGAUAAAGGAACUGGCUAAAUAUGAAGAAAUGGAAGACAAAGUGAUACUGACUGAGGAAGAUCUGCUCGAGGACGGAUUCGGUGACCACCCAUUAUACCACUGCGUGGUGGCAGAAGUCCCCAGUGAGCAGCAGAGCAACAUCGGUCCUGUAGUGAUUGGGUUUGCCAUGUACUACUUCACCUAUGACCCCUGGAUUGGCAAGCUGCUUUACCUGGAAGACUUCUUUGUCAUGGAAGAGUACAGGAAGAUUGGCAUCGGCUCAGAGAUCCUCAAGCUCCUCAGUCAUAUGGCAUUCAAGACUCACUGCAAUAGCAUGCACUUCGUCGUCGCCGGGGGCAACAAGGAGUCUAUAGAGUUCUACAAGCGUCGUGGGGCGGCCGACAUCACUCUGGAUGAGGGAUGGAGACUCUUCAAGAUCGACAAGAGCUCCCUCUUCAAGAUGUCCUCCGGCUCCAAAGAGUGAGCUGGCCCCAAGACACAUAGAAAUAUGGGGACAAGAGUGACAGACUUGGUCAAUUUAAAUUCACUUAAUUAUUUGCCUGUCUUUCACUUCAGCGGUGGGGGGGGGGGGGGUGUGACUUCUGAAAGUAGAUUAUUAUUAUUAUUAAAAGGGGCAUUAAACAUUACUAAUCAUGUGUUCACCAACUUUCUCAAUCUAGUCACUCUUUUAGGUCACGUAUUUUAUCUGAAGGCAUCGUUUUAGUAGUUGUAGUAUUUAAUCAACGCACCUUAGACUUCCUAGCGUUCUCUGUUUCAUUAUUGACCAAUGUAUUUUACUAUUCUAUGAUACAGUGAUUUAUUUAUUUUUCUCUCUGUAGUUUGUGUUUAUGUUGGUGGUUAUUAUGUUCUAUGGUGACUGAUUUCUGUGCGGCUAGGAGGGAAGUGGGGUGAUUGCUUUACAAUGAAAUCCCUGGCCCCCCAUUACGGUGGGCUUAGGUCAGGGGUCAGAUGUUAUGGGUCAUGAUCGUGUGGAAGGGGAGGGGACGGCUUUACAGAACAUGCAUCACUCCAUAUGCCCUCCCUUCAUCCUCCGUCUCUCGUGGGAGUCAUUUCAGAAUGGUAACAUCAAGAAAAUUAGAUACAGCCCUGUCCUCUUUCUCCUCCUCCAUCUCUCUUGUCCCCUCUGAUAUCUUUGUGUAAGGGGGAUGUGUGAUCUGUUAUAACAGUCUAUGGAGAGCAGAGGAGUGGAACACUUAGUUACUGCACUGACCUUGGAAAGAUGCCAAACUGUCACAGUAUCUAAUGCUCAGACACACACAUCCUAGUCAGAUUUGGCAGAAACCAGGGGCGUGGAAAUGCAUAUCAGUAGGAUGUCUGGUGUUCACUGACUGUAUUUUGAACAUUCAGUGCAGCAAUGCCUGAACCACACACACAGCCAGAACCCAUCACUGUAGUGGCCCUGUAGCGUUUAGAGAAUAUUACACUCUCCUGUCGUCUCCUCCCCCAACCCCUUGCCCAGGCAGAGACAGAUCCUCUUUACUGUAACCCUGUCCACAAUCUCUAGUAGACACUUGUACUCCACUCUAAACCUUCCUACGAACUCAGAAAUAUCUCCUGAAAAUAACGUUUCUUUGGCGUUACUCCAUUAAAUACAAUGAAGGACAUCAAUCUGGUAGGAAAUGGGGCAGGACAGAGUGUGUACGUGACUUAGUUACCGUUGAUCCACAUACAGCACAGACUAUAAUAGCUCCAUCUGAGAGAGGGAAGGAGGGAGAGAGUGCGAGGAAGAGCAGAGAGUAUAGGGGGGUUGAGAAGAGACCGCAUCCUUUAUCCUCAGACAGGCCAUCAUAUUUUCAUUCUAGACUCCUAUGAGCCUCGCUGAACUUCGAAACUGACUUGUUUCUGUCCAGAGCUCUAAACGGUGCCCUGUUACUGAUUAACCAUUGGCAUCUAUUUAAAGACACACCAAGGAGAUUAAAACACUAACUUUUUUAUUUACAGAACCUUGGUUCUUAAACUUUUUCAGUUGGGACCCAAAUGAGAAAUUCUGUGUUUUCCAUGGAACCCAAGCUUAUGAAAACAUGCAACCAUACGUAAAUAUUGGUGCAUUCAAUUGAACGUAUGCCUAAAACAAAUGCAAUAUAGACUAAAAGAAAUAAUGAAAUACCCGUAUAAAUAAAAAUGUUUGUUUAUUUUUCCCCAUUAAAAACACUCUUACAUAUCUGUCUAGGUUGGAACUGUUAAAAUACAAUAAAUCAUUUUCAUUCUGAACUGGAAUAAACUGAUUGAUCACAUCACACAGAUGUAUGACAGAACACUCACAGGUUUAGUUUUUGAUAGUGCAACCCUAAGUAAGAGUACAGAUGAAAAAUAAUCAGGUCUACUGUACAUCCUGCUGUAGAAAGUAUUGUUGUGUGGCUGGUUAAGGUUUUCAACAAGUGUGUCUAUUCUGGGCUCAGUUUUUGACAGUGCAACCCUGAGGUCAUGCUCAGCAAUGAGUCUGUUUCUGUACUUGUUUUUUUAAGUAUGCCAGAGUUGAGAACCCUGACUUGCAUAGGUAUGUGGUGCUAAACUGGAUCAGAACAUAUACUGCUUUCUCAGUCAGGCAGAAGGCCACUUCCUGAGUGUUUGCCUCAAAAAGCAUCUUGCUUCAAUCAGCUUAUUCCAGAAUAAAAUAUUUACUUCCAUUUUAACAGCAACAGUUCCAACCUUGACUUGUUUUCAACAAUAACUUCUACAGUAAGAUGUACAGUAGGCCAGAUCAUUUUUCAUCUUCAUCUGUACUGUUAGGUUGCACUAAGUACAGUAGCUAACUUACUUGCUUUGGCUAACGUUAGCUAGCUAUUAGCUGCGUACAAGGGGAUUGUUUGAAAGAUAAAUUCACAUCUACUUUUAUGAGCGAUAGUACUCCCUUAUUUCUGCUUAUCAUCACCUGUUAGAAAAUUACAACAAUGCUAGCUGAUUUACUUUUCCACUGUCGAAGCACUGUUUCCUGAAGCAUUGUGCCCGGACAAAGAAAGUGGAGUGGUAUACACCGUCAGCGAUUGUAAAUGGAGCUUUGUAGUAUUCUAUACCCUGAAGAAAGGUGAAGUAUGAACCCACCCACACCCGUGAACACCCUACUUAUAACCUUGAACCUUAUUCCCUUCAUUCUCCUGAUCCUUAAAUCAGCUCAUAUGAGGCUGAUGUUUCUGUAGAUAUAGUUUAACUAAAACAUUAGAUCGUGAUUCUAAAGACUCAGGUUAGAGUACUCUAACAGGCUGACUACACCGCUCGCGUCGUGUGCACGAGCAUUGCAAAAUACAUUUAGAAAUCUAUAUUAUUCAAUUAUUGCACCCACACUGGUUGCGUGCGCCAACGAGCGUCUACGUUGCCAAGGGCUAAAAUAGAAGUCAGUUCUAUUUCUGACGCAGAUCGCGCUGCAAGUCCUGCCUCUCCCAUCUCCUCAUUGGUUUAUAGAAGUAGGUACCCACGUGCCAUCUCCUCAUUAGUUAUACCCAUGUGGGUGACUGAAAGAGGUCGGUGGCGGUAAUGCACCUAAUUUAUGAAAGUUGCCAAUCGCAAUAUAAAGUCAAGAGAAGAUAAAACCUAGGAGGACAGAUGACUAGAAACAAUUUGGUUGACCGUUUUUGUUUCAAUGUGCUUUCUGUUGUAGUCCUGACAGACAAAGAUAUACAGUUAAGCAAACUUUACUAGGCAUGUUGUCAACCAGCACAUUAAUAAAGUAAGUAAUAACUGUU